UUUUCGCACUUGCUUCCCUGUUCAAACAGUUGCAGGAUGGCGAUGACUGACGUGCUCAGCGCUGAGGAUAUCAAGAAGGCUGUGGGAGCCUUUUCAGCAGCCGAAUCUUUUAACUACAAGAAGUUUUUCGAGAUGGUGGGUUUGAAAAAGAAGAGCCCAGAAGAUGUGAAGAAGGUUUUCCAUAUCCUUGAUAAAGACCGGAGUGGCUUCAUUGAAGAGGAAGAGUUAAAGUUUGUGCUGAAGGGCUUUACCCCAGAUGGCAGAGACCUAUCAGACAAAGAGACAAAGGCUCUUCUGGCUGCUGGAGAUAAGGACGGUGAUGGUAAAAUUGGCGCUGAUGAAUUUGCAACUAUGGUGGCUGAAUCAUAAAGGCUUUAAGCAAUGCAAACCCUUCACCCAUCCUUCACUGCCCAAUUCCAACCACCUCCCGCUGACUGCUUUGGCUCCUGUUCUAUUUAUUUAUGUUAUUUUAUACUCCAGCUCUGUUCUCCGCAAUCCUGCAACUCUGUAACUGUGCUGAAAGACACUGUUAAAAUAAUAAAGGUCACAUCAAUCUGGGCUCCACUCGCUCUCACUAUCACUUGUUUCUUAUUUCAUGUAGUCUUGGCAGACGUUGAGUGAAAAUUUUCUUUAUUUUAUUUAUUUAUUGCUGACACCCCUGCUUCUUUGGGAUAAUUAUU